UACGCUGCGGAGCUGGCGUGUGUAAUAUGAUGCAUUGUCGUUCAUAUCCCGAAACCGUUACAACCGCAAUAGACUGGUAGCUGCAAAAGUACGGAGCAUCUACCGCGCCGCAUGGAGUAAAAUUAGGACGGCAAACAGCGGGUCUGACGGGCUGCAGCUAACGCGCUAGUCCGCUUAGUAGGAACCGCAUGUAUACACUAGCUUGAGGAAGAUGGUCAGACAAGGUACCGUAGAUGCGAACCGCAGGAUUCGCUCUCUGCAUAUAUCAGUCCCGCGGAACCCCGUGAGAUGAACAUUCCCAGACCUUCUCUAUAUCCUCCACGAUAGACACAUCUUUCCCUUGAUUUUCUGGCAGGGUCUUUCUAGCAUAGGAGCAAGCAUCCGCUUAAACAAAGAUCAUGGCAUCGACUUACGACUUUAUCGUGGUGGGCUCUGGACCGGCUGGUAGCACCGUUGCUGCUGGCCUGGCACGUUCUGCGAAAAGUCCGAAGGUGCUUCUGCUCGAAGCUGGAGACGUCAACGAUGACAAGAACCUACGUAUUGAUGGUCAGCGUUGGAUAACUUUCAUGAACAAGCAUAUGAACUGGGGAUACUCAACCACACCUCAGGAGGGCCUUGAUAACCGCUCGCUCGACUACUCCCGCGGCCUGGGCAUGGGCGGCUCCAGCGCUAUCAAUUUCGGUGUCUACACAGUUGGUGCCCGAGACGACUAUGAGGAAUGGGCCAGGGUCGUGGGCGAUGAUGCCUUCCGAUGGGGCCCUAUUCAGUCUCGGUUCAAGAGCUUGGAGACAUUUCACGGCGACCUUCCGGCUGGCUUAGAAAAGAAAUUCAAGGCUCCAAACCCAGCAGACCACGGCACCUCUGGUCCUCUCCAUGUCGGUUUCACAACGGAGACUGAGCGGGAUCUCCCAGAUGUUUUGGACGUCUAUGAGAAGGCUGGCUUCCCCUUCAACAACGACCACAACUCCGGAAAUCCAAUUGGAAUGUCACUCAUGAUCAAUUCCGCUCAUAAGGGCUUGCGUUCGACUGCUGCCGACAUACUUGAGCCUAGGCCAGAAAACUUGACGAUCAUCACCCAGUCGCCAGUCCAGCGUUUGAUCUUGGAAGGCAAGAGAGCCGUGGGUGUUGAGAGCAACGGCAAGAAGUACUUUGCCUCUAAGGAGGUCAUUCUGUCUGCUGGGUCUCUGGACUCCCCCAAGAUCCUGAUGCAUUCCGGUAUUGGACCAGCGAAGCAGCUUGAAAAGUACAAGAUUCCUGUCGUCCAACCCGUCGAGGCUGUCGGAAAGGGUCUCCGUGACCACACCUUUAGUCCCCUAGUGUACAAACGCAAGGAGGGCACUAACGACCGUCACGCUUUCUAUGGCGACCAGAAGGCAAUGGAUAAGGCUUUGGAGCAGUGGAAGAAAGAUGGAACUGGGCCAUGGGCCCAGUUCGCCUGCGAGUUGGGUGUUGGUUGGUUCAAGAUUCCUCGCCUCCAAGAGUCCAAGGAGUUCCAGGAGCUUCCCGAGGACGAGAAGCAGUAUCUGACGAAAGAGACCAUCCCACACUAUGAAUUCAUGACGCAUGUUCCCAUCCACUGGCUCAUGCCUGGAUUUCCGAAGGACGCUUUCAGUUACUCAUGCUUCCUCGUCUUUUUGUUCAACGCCCAGGCCAGAGGUGAAGUUACCCUGCAGUCAUCUGAUCCCGAUGUGCCUCUUCUCUUUGAUCCCAAGUUCCUUCAGCACCCCUUCGACCGCCGCGCAGCUAUCGAAAGUAUGCGCGAUGCAUUCCGUGUCGCGAAGCACGCGGCUUACACUAAGGACAAUGUUAUCGCGCUUGCUGAGCCCAAGUCCGAUUCCGACGAAGACAUCCUGGAGUACUGGAGACAGACCAUGUCCUCCAGUUGGCACAUGACCGGCACGGUUAAGAUGGGCAAGCUGGAUGACCAGGAUGCUGUGGUGGACAGCAACUUCAAGGUCAAGGGUAUUGAAGGUCUGCGCGUGGCCGACAUGAGUGUUGUCCCGGUUCUGGCAAGCUGCCACGUCCAGGCCGUGGCAUAUGUCACCGGCGCUACAGCUGCUGAGAAGCUGAUUAAGGAGUAUGGUCUUGCAUAAUUACGUGUUGACACGAUCUGCGUAUCUCACGGAUGCACUAUGCUACCCGGCCCCGGGAGGUCGAUGCUGCUAUGCUAGUUUAG